ACUGCUAUGACCACAGUCAUGGUGUUCCGUCCGAGUUUGGUGCUGAUGCUGGUGGCCACAGCGAUGGCGGCGCCACAGUUCAACUUGGGUGAUCAACAGCCGGCGACGUCUUAUGAUUUCGGGUAUGGGGUGAACGUGCCGGAAUCUGGUGAUGUAAAGGAACACAAGCAGUCUCUCUCCCCGUCUGGACGGACCGACGGAGAAUCCCGCUGGCUCCAGCCUAACGGACUCUUCCGGGUGGUGAGAUACACGGUGGAGGGCGGGUUAGGGUUCCAGGCUAUCGUCACCGAGGAGGCCGGCAACGAGGUUGCCAACUACAACAAUUUUGACGGCUCCGAUAACUCGGCCCGUGCCCAAACCUUCAGCGGUAGUGCCAACAACCAGCGAGUCUUUGGCAACAAACAGACCUUUGGAAGUCAAAGCUUCAAUGGCCCCAAAACCUUCCAAAGUAGUGAUUUCAGUAGCUCGCAAAGAGGCCAAACCUCCAUCGGCGCACAGAGCCUUCAAAAUCGAGGCUUCAUCGGAACACAAAGGCUUCAAAAUCAGGUCUUCAGCAGCUCACAAAGGCCUCAAAUUCAGGUCUUCAGCAGCUCACAAAGGCCUCAAAAUCAGGUCUUCAGCAGCUCACAAACGCCCCAAAAUCAGGUCUUCAGCAGCUCACAAGGACCUCAAAAUCAGGUUUUCAGCAGCUCACAAAAGCCUCAAAAUCAGGUCUUCAGCAACUCGCAAAGACCUCAAAAUCAGGUCUUCAGCAGCACGCAAAACAUCCUUAGCCAGAGCUUCCAGGACACACAAGGAGCCCAGCGCCAGGUCUUCAAGUCUCCACAGACCUUCCUGACCCAACCCGUACCUCAGUUCGGAAAUGUCAUUGACGGUGGAGUAAUUGAUGGAGGAAUCAUCGACGGAGGCAUAAUUGAUGGAGGAAUAAUUGGAAGCACCAUAAUCAGCAGCUCGAACUCAGUUGUCAGCCCCUUCAGUUCUGGAGCCAAUAGCUUUAUUUCAGGAUCAACUGACUUCGUUGGGUCUGGCAUCCUCAGCACACAAUCUAAUAGCCUUAACUCAAGAUCCGGCGACCUCAGCUUUGGAUCAAGCAUCUUUAAUUCAGGAUCAAGCAACUUUAACGCGGGAUCUACCAACAUCAACUCGCAAUCCAACAGAUUCACCUCAGGAUCUGGUGUCAACAGUUCAGGUCCAAAUAGUUUAGCUGUGAUCCUCGCCAGUGAUACAUCAAGGCUCAAUGGUUGAACAACUAUUAAAGAAUAAUAAUUUUUUGCUUCUAGGACAAACUACAUCAAUCGCCAACAAAAUCAUAGCAUCUUAUCAACAUCGUUCAACACCCAGUUUACGACCAUGUUUAAUCAUCUUGUAUUAUUAGAUGUUUGAUGUUUGUUAAUUUGUAUCUUCAACCAGUUACAAAUCAGAUGGAGGUUGUAUUGGAAGUCGAAUCUUUGGCAUUGGGUAGGUAACCUACCCGAGAUUGUAUUCAUCAUUAUGUGAGGUUUCUACGGACUUAAUGCCAUAUAUAAGAAUAAGAAAGAAGCCAUACAGUAUAUUAUUUAAUUCACUAUCC